GCAGCACGCUCACACAAUGACACCAAAGGCGAAGAAGAAGUGAAGAACCUUUUUUCAAAAUGUUGAGCGAAAAUGGAGCUUUAAAAAAAAUACACGCCACGCGGUUUGUGGGAUCCAAAAAGCAGAUUCAAAACCGCGUUUUCUUCAAGUUUUUCUUCCAGUCCCCGCCUUUAAAACCCUCUCCUCCAACCCAACCCAACAAAUUUCCCCAAUCUCAAUCAAUUCUCUCUCCAUUUUCUUCUCCAACAAUGGAAUCGCAAUCCAUGAUGAACAUUCUGUUAUUGGCAGUUUUGUUCGUUGCAGGCCUCGUCAAUUUCCUCGUGUAUUUCCCCACCAAGCGAUUCUCCGCCUGGCUCAAACAGAGCCCUACAAAGCCCGCCGCCGUCGCCGCCGCCGUCGCCCCCCCACAGCCGCCGACGGAGCUGAGGAAGAUAUUCCGGACAUUUGACAAGAACAACGACGGCUACAUAACCAGAAAGGAGCUGACGGAAUCGCUGAGAAACUGGAUCGCAGAGAGGGAGGCAGAGGAAUUGUUCGAAGGGGUGGACGAAAAUGGAGAUGGGCUGAUCGAUUUCGAGGAGUUCUGUGUUCUGGCGGAGAAAUUGAGGAAGGAGAAAGAGGAGGAAGAAGAAGAUGAUGAUGAGGAACUGAGAGAGGCUUUUGGAGUGUUUGAUAAGGACAAAGAUGGGGUGAUUUCUGUGGAGGAAUUGGGAUUGGUUCUGUCAUGUUUGGGGCUCAAGGAAGGGAAAAUGGCUGAGAAUUGCAGGGAGAUGAUCAGGAAAGUGGAUUUGGAUGGAGAUGGAAUGGUCAAUUUUGAGGAGUUUAAGAGGAUGAUGAGAAAUGGGGGAACUGGAACUUCCAUUUUCCCAAAAUCUUGAAUCUCUCUCUCUCUAAAACAGGCUAGUUUUCUACUGAUUUUUAGGAGUAAUGGUUGUGUUUUGUUCUCUAUGAAAUUUGUUUUUGUGAAACUAAUUGUAUAAAUGGGGAUUUUUACCAAUGAUAUAGAAGUUUUGUGCAAAUGGGUUUAUGGAAAUUUUGCCUCUCAGAAGUGAAGAAGAUUGUUGAGGUGAUGUAUGAUUUUGGCUUCAGAUUUCAUUUAUGGAAGAAGGAAGAAAGACUCGAUUGUAGAUAGGGAGCUUGAGCCAUGUCUUUUUAGGAAUUUACACAAAAAGAAAUUUUUUUUUUUUAAUAUAUACCAAAUUGAAUUUAUAACUCAAUUAAAGCAAAAUUGUUGUCUUCAA